AUGUCCGCACAAGAUAGCCCUUCGCCGCCGUCCCCGAGACACUCACAACAACGGUAUGCGCCGACGACGGCCAUGGUGUCUUCGACCGGCACUUCCAAUCAUGUACCAGGCACCCGCUCAUUCUCUUCUAGUCUCGCAGUCUUCUGCGCCGGACUCUCCAGUUCCUCCAUCAAUGGCUUCUGCGGCGCCUCUGCCGGUGUGGCUUCCGGUAUAGUCACUUGUCCGCUAGACGUAAUCAAAACUCGUCUUCAGGCUCAAGGGUCUUUUCGGCCUCGAAACAAUGUCAGACAUACGCGAGCGAUCUACAACGGACUGCUCGGGACCGCGCGGGUCAUCUGGAAGGAGGAUGGAGUGCGCGGUAUGUACAGAGGCCUUGGGCCAAUGUUGCUAGGAUACCUGCCCACCUGGGCUGUCUAUAUGAGUGUCUACGAUGCCUCAAAGGACUACCUAUACGAACGUAUUGAGAACAAAUGGGUAGCCCGGAUAUCCGCUUCCAUUUCUGCCGGGGCCUGUUCGACGCUGGCGACAAACCCUAUAUGGGUGAUCAAGACGCGCCUGAUGUCACAAGUCAGUUCGCGAGCAUCGGAAGAACACCGACCACCAUGGCAGUACAAAGGGACUAUGGAUGCCUUUCGGAAGAUGUACAAGAGUGAAGGCCUGGCAGCGUUCUAUUCAGGCCUCUCUCCCGCGUUGCUCGGCCUAACGCAUGUUGCAAUUCAGUUCCCACUAUACGAAUUCUUCAAAAUGAAGUUCACUGGUCUGGAAAUGGGACAGGCAUCAACGGAAGAAGACAUCCAUUGGCUUGGAAUCCUAGGGGCCACAUUCCUUAGUAAGAUAUGCGCCACCUCUGCGACAUAUCCGCACGAAGUCCUCCGAACGAGGCUGCAAACGCAGCAGCGCUCUUUGCCGACAGCGUCUCCCGAGGAGAUUGCCUUCCGUGGCGGUCAUGCGCAUGGAUAUCAAACUCGACCACCAGGAACGGCAUCAUCCGAUGGAAUGGUCAACGUUCUACGGUACCGUGGCGUCAUACGAACAUGUAGGACGAUCUUGGCUGAGGAAGGCUGGAGAGCUUUCUAUAACGGCAUGGGGACCAACAUGGUUCGCGCGGUGCCGGCGGCCAUGACGACGAUGCUGACUUACGAAAGCCUUAAACAAGCAACGUUUGAGCUGAAACGCGAAGGCCAGGAGAUACUUGAAUUGGAUCGCGCAAGAUGA